AUGCCUGCCGCGCCGGCGCGGCAGACGGUCGCGCUGGAGGCGGCUGACGGUGCGCUUCUCGAAUACCUGCCGGACCCGCUGAUCAUGUUUCCGGGCGCCCGGCUCACCUCGGUGCUGGAGAUCGAGGCCGCGGAGGGUGCCACGGUCAUCGCGUGCGAAAGCUUCGCUCACCACGACCCCGGCGGCGAGGAUCGACGGUUCGAGAGCUUCGAGGCGGAGAUGCGUAUCCGCGAUGAGGGGGCGCGCCUGCUCGCGCUGGAGCGCUACGUCCUCACCGGCGAUCGUCUGGCGGAGGGUGCGAGCCAGAUCGCGCGCUGGCCCGCGCAGGGCAGUGUCGUCGUCGCCCAUCGUGGGCCUGCGCGGGAUGUCAUCCUGGCCGCUCUCCGCUCCGCCCUCACGCCGACGGACGAUUUCUACGGCGGUGCCUCGGCGCUUCCCAACGAGGCCGGUGUGGGAGUGCGCCUGCUCGCGCGCGACGGGGCGGCUUUACGGCGCGGAUUGGAGGCGGCGUGGUGCGCGGUCAGGCUCGCGCUCUACGGCGCACCGCCCGCCCGCCGCCGCAAGUGA